GAGGCUUAACAACAUUUCACUCCCACUACUCCUAAAUCCUAAUUCUCCUUCAUUUCCUAAAAGCUUCGUGUGUUGGGCAUGACGGUGUAUUGGUCCUACUUUCCUUUUCUCUAAAGUAUUCCUCUGUUUGAACACGAAGCUAUAAGCCUACAACUAUAAUUGUUGCUAGUUAUUCACUGAUAAUUACUAUAAUUAACGUAAAACAUGUUGCACUGCGCCAACACGUCGGGGAAUCUGGCUGUGGCUGGGGACAUGACAGUGUUGGAAAGACAGAGGGCGAGGAUGAAGUGGCAAGAAGAGCAAGGGUACUUUUCUGGCAACAGCUUCAACGGUGUUUUUUCUUCUUCUUCUCUGCACGUUCAUGAUUCCAUUAUGGUGGCUGCUGACUCCGGUUGUGCACUCGCUGAGGUCGUGGCUCAGGCCCAGGCUCGCUCAACCAAUUCUUCUUCAAUUUCAAGGACUUUUAGUUGUCCACCUGCUCUGGUGGAGCCCGAGUCCGAGUCCAAGCCCAAGCCCAAGCCCACCGACUCCUCUGUUGGGAAAGACGGUUUCAAGAAGAGGAAACCUGACAAGCCUCACCAUCCGAAGGUUGUUGCAGAAAAUGAUAACAAAGACAAGAGGAUCAAAUUCGGCUCUGAUGAUGGAGAAUCCAAAAUCACCAAGAGUAACACAACAAACACAAAUACCAACAACAACAAAGAAACUUGCGCAGAGACUUCAAAUUCCAAGGCCUCCGAAAAGCCUGAUUACAUUCAUGUCCGAGCACGUCGUGGCCAAGCCACCGAUAGUCAUAGCUUAGCCGAAAGAGUUAGAAGGGAAAAAAUUAGUGAGAGAAUGAAGUAUUUGCAAGAUUUAGUGCCCGGUUGCAACAAAGUCACGGGAAAAGCUGGAAUGCUUGAUGAAAUCAUCAACUAUGUUCAAUCUCUUCAACGACAAGUUGAGUUUCUCUCAAUGAAAUUAGCUGCUGUGAACCCAAGGCUUGACUUGAGUAUUGAUGAUCUAUUUGACAAAGAUGUUUUUUCUACUUGUGCUACAAAUUUUCCAAACAUAGGAAUUUCAUCAACAUCAGACAUUUCUAACCCUGCCUAUCUUCAGUUUAAUUCCCCACAACAAAUUUUUUCAUAUGAUGGAUUAGACCCAUCCGAUAUGGGGCUCAGAAGGACCAUAAGUGCUCCUGUAUCAAUGCCUGAAACAUAUCUUCAAUCGUCCUGUUUCACACAAAUGCUACCCUCCUCAACAUGGGAAGGUGAUUUCCAAAACCUUUGCAAUUUUGAUUUUGAUCAAGCACGGGCUACAUCUUUCCCUUCUCAGCUGUUAUCAGGUCUGGUUGAAGCUGGCAAUCUAAAGAUGGAGAUGUAGACUAGAGCUUCUAUUUCCUUCUGCAACUUAUCAAGAUUCUUUUUGUUUUGUUUUCAAGUACAUAGCAUAUAUAAAUUGUUUGUAACUGCUCCAUAAUAUAAAUAAAAUUUAUUAAUACCAGUUAACUUCA